AUGGGCGAGGACUUGAGGUCGCCCGAGGCCCGCAACUACUUCAUGUCGACGCACUUCUGGGGACCGCUCGCCAACUGGGGACUGCCUCUCGCCGCCAUUGCCGACCUCUCCUCGAAGGACCCGAAGUUUAUUUCGGGACCUAUGACCCUCGCUCUCGCUUCUUACUCUCUUGUCUUCAUGCGCUUCGCCUGGCGCGUUCAACCACGGAAUUACCUUCUCUUCGCAUGCCACGCCACGAACGCAACAGCACAAAGUCUGCAAGGGUUCCGCUUCAUCAAGUACAAUUACAUGGACACGGACAAGGGUGCAGAGGCGGUCAAGGAGGCAGCGACCGCUCUCAAGUAG